CGAACGCGGUAUAAUCAGUGUCGAGUCGAUCCCCUUUGGUGGAAGGUGGUUAUCUAACGUUGAUCAUUUUUGCUUUGCAUUGUCGCGCGGCGACCUAUUUUUCACAAGCGUCCCCAAAGAUAGCAAGAGCUAUGUCCGAGGCAUAUUUCGACGAGUACGAGCACUUCAACUACGAUUACGACAAGCACAUCUUUACUGCACACGGCGGUAAGCAAAGGAGCAAACGCGAGGCCGUCACACAUACCAAUCACUUCGACCCGAGCGGCCAUUCCAGAAAGAUCCUUACCAAACUGAUGAAUACCGAGCAUAACAAACGGACCGGCAAGAGCAAGGAGUAAUCUGCGAAGAUUACGCACGUUCCUAUCUUCGCGGCAGAUAUUGUCAAGUUGGAUCUCAUCUCAUAGGACUUUACCUAACGCCUAAGACGACCGGGAUAAGAAAGGAAUAUGUAUAUGCGUUGUACUAUCGAGAAAUUGCAUUUAACAGUAGAUUCUUACGUAAUUUUCAAAACGUAAGAUCGGAGCACGAUAGAUCAUGCUUCGUCCAUCUUCAUUUAUAUAUUAGAGGUACGGAUUCCCAUGUUAUUAAUAAGAAUAUUAAAUAACAUCGUACUUCAAUUAUUGCUUAUGUUGAACCUGAAAAUCACGUGACUUUCUUUUUAUAUAACAUAGUACGAUGAUAUUGUGUUAAUUUUCAUGUGUGCUAUUAGAUUAAUUUAUUAAUAUAAGCUAUGAUUAAACCUGCUUUUUUCUAUUCCUAUAAUCAUUAGAUUUAAUUGAAUAAAUCAUUAAAUCGUUAACUAGAGUAGUUUUCUUUAUGUAUGAGUUUUCGUACUCCGUGUAUAAGAAUUACCGCUGAUCAGGAUAACAUCUUUGUUAUCAUUUGUUCUUAUAACGGGCGACAAUUGUCGUAUCGUAACGUAUUGCAGAAAACACACACUUAAAGAAGAUCGAGUUGAUAAGCUUCAAUCAACUCGUAAGAAUACACGAUAUUUAAUGUUUAAUUAGGACUCAAAUCUCUCGCAUAUUGUGAUUGAUGAUAAACAUCAAUAGAAUUGCCAGAUAUAUCUCAAGUUUUUGCGACAAAGAAAUCAUCUAUUGUUUUGAUAUAAACAUCAAAAUAUAAUUGUAUUGAAAAAAAAAACUAUGAAAUAAAGAUUUAUAGCUAAUAAAAA